UCUUAACUUUUCUUAAGUUUAUGACGUUUGACCCUUGUGCGGCGCCGUAGCACCUCAAAGAUCGUCUAUGUUCAAGAAGAUGAGUCUCUCGGCUGUUCGCUCGCUUGACGUUACGUUAGUUCACUUGCUUUACGUUAACCGGAUCCUGAAACGCGCUCAGAGUGAGCCAUCUUCAUUUUCUCUUGACCUCCUUCCGAGAAAACGACAUAAACAACAGCAUCGCUCUGAGGAAGUGGACGUUAACGGGUUUAACUGGUUUAACUGGUUUAACUGGUUAACGGGUUAACGGACGAGGAGCUCUGUGUCGUCGUGUCCUCUCGCUUCAAGAUCAGAGGCGAUGGCGGAGCAGAACACGGAGGCGAAGCUGAAGAUGUGGUUGAAGCAGGAGAAGAUCCAACUGUGGAAUCCUCCGUUCAGUGACGACAGCAACGAGCCGGGACGACAGCACAUGCAGGAGCUGGCGGAGCGCUUCGCCCCUCAGCUGUGUCUGCCGGUGGAGGAGGUGGGAGGAGCUCUGGAGGCCAUCAGGCAGCAGGCGGUGACGGGGAAAGGAAACAAGACGUUCAGGGAGACCAAGGUGGCCACACUGGAGCUGCUGCUGCCACGAGACACCAGGAGGGAACCAAAGACGAAGAGCCUCCUGGAGACGAAGCUGGACGUGAUGGUCCAGGAGGUGGUGGACAGGAUCGGAGAGGAGUACGGCCUGAAAAACAUCAAACUGAUCCUCAACGGGAAAACUCUGUCUGUAGACCAGCCUCUGGACCAGCAGGGCGUGAAGAACCACAGCAAGAUCAUGGUGCUGAAGGUGAGCGACGCAGAGUGGAAGCUACAGCUGAGCGAGGAGGAGGAGAAGAAGAAGAGCCAGGAGGAGAGCCUCCAGAGGACCCAGAAGGGGUUCCAGAUCCUGUCAGAGAGAGACGGCAGUGAAGACUCCUCCCCUUUCCUGGAGAUCGCUGACCAGAGAGGAAACCCUCUGAAGAUCCCCCAGGAGAAGAAGGCUCUGAUCCUGGCUAUGGGUUUCCAUGAGAAAGGUCGUUCUCUGAUGAAGAAGAAGCAGUUCGACAACGCUCUGUGUCACCUGCUGCAGGCCGACCAGCAGUUCAGUCGGUGUGGCUCGGCCCUGCUGGCGUCGGUGGAUAACUUCGCCGUGCUGCAGCUGGACGUGGUGUGGUGCUACCGGGCGCUGGAGGCUCUGUCCUGUCUGGACGACGGGCGCCACCGGCUGCAGAGCGCCGAGGACUGCUUCCUGCGCUGCUACGGCGAGCGGCAGCAGAGGCUGCUGAUGAUCAAGGGUAACACGGGCAGAGAGGAGGUGGUGUUGUUUCUGCGGCUGCACCUCCUCCAGAGUCUCCUCUCCUACAUCGAAGGGAACGACGCUCAGGCCCGACACCAGCUGUCCAAAGUGGAGGCUCUGUACAGCCGUCUGUGUCUGGACUCAGAGAAGAUGGCUCAGCUGAUGUCUCUGGGUUUCAGUGAGAGAGAAGCUCGACUCGGCCUCAGAGCCUGUGAGGGAGACCUGCAGGAGGCAGCAGUCCACAUCAGCAACCAGAGACAGGAGCGUGAGGAGUUGAGGCAGAGGGAGAGGAAGAGGAGGAGCAGGAGGACGGAGGACAUCUCCACCCUCACAGAGCUCGGUUACUCCAGAAGAGACGCAGCCAGAGCUCUGAACCACGCUGACGGAGACGUGGACAAGGCCUAUGGAAUCCUUCUGGACGCCAGCGGAUCUGCUGAGGCCUCCAACGACAACCCAGAGGGCUCUGUGGAGCAGCUCUUGUAUCUUGGUUUCCAGAGGGACGUCUCUGAAGCAGCUCUCAGACUGACGGGUGGAGACGUCCAAUCAGCGACUCAGCUGCUGCUGGACAACCAGGGCGUCCUCUCACCAGAGCUGCUGUCUGAGUCCCCGUCCUCAGAGGAGCCCAGCACCUCCUCCAACACCUCCACAGAGGACAGUGAGUUGGUGAACGAGGUGCUGGAGGACAUUUCUCGUCACGAGGAGGAUUAUCUGGACCUGAACCUGGAGGAGGAGAGCGAACUGAUCGCCACCAUAAAGACCUACCUGAGCAGAGGACACACACACAGCGUGUGACUGACACACACACACACACACACACACACACACACACACACACACACACACACACACACACACACACACACACACACACACACACACACACACACUCCGUCAGCCAUUUAAAGCAAUAAGGUUGUUUUCUGCUCCUCUUGGAUUCAUCAGCUGCAGUCUGACUUCACAAAUUAUGAGGUUUUGUUUUUCAGCCGACAUUAAAUAAUAUUUACUUUGAUUUGAUUCAAACCUCCUUCGUUUACAAGAGUUCAGUUCUGAUGGAGAAAUGUUCACAUAACAUUUGAGGGUUUAAUUAGUUUGCACUUUUAUUAUGAUUUCCCUCUGAAUGGAUUCAAAUUGUUUCUAAAUUAAACAUAAUGAUUAUUGUUUUAAACCAAAGGAACCUGUUUGUUUUUUCAAAGCUGCUGGAAGUGAUUUCUGUUUUAUUAGUUUAUGUUCUGUCGACAGCAGUUUGUCAAACAUUUAAUUUAAAGUGAUUUCAUGUUCAGUGUUUGAGUUCAAUAAAGGUUGAGUUUGAAUCUG